AUGGCCAACAUUCAAAAUGGAACCCUUUGCAUCCUGGGGUGUGGAAACCUGGGCAUCGCCAUCCUAAACGGCCUGAUAAGUGUACCUGCGGAGAAAUCCAGCGAGCUACCCUUCACGCGGUACAUCGCCUGCGUGCGCAGUGAAUCGUCAGAGAAAAGACUCACCGAGCGAUUCGCCCAAUCAAUGAACAAAAUAAGCAUCUCUCGCGGCGGCAAUAUACAAGCCGUCCAAAGUGCCGAUGUAAUCAUCCUAGGCGUAGACCCUGCAGACAUCCAGACCGUCCUCACCCAGCCCGGCCUCCGCGAAGCAUUAACCGACAAGCUCCUCAUCAGCAUUGCAGCAGGCUGGACCCGGCAAAAACUCGAAGCGAUAAUCUACGGCAGUGCCACUACCGCCGACAACACAGCUGGGCGCGCAUGGGUGGUGCGCACAUUGCCCAAUAUCGCCGCACAGGUCUCACAAUCCCUCACGGCAAUCGAAACAUCCGAGCCCGCAUUGCCAGAGCGAUAUCUGCAGAUCACGACGUCAAUCUUCGAACAGAUCGGCAAGGCAGUACACAUUGAUCCGCGAUUAAUGAAUGCCACUACAGCCGUCGGAGGCUCGACGCCUGCCUUCUUCGCUGUGAUCUGCGAUGCGAUGAUCGAUGCUGCAGUUGCGGUCGGGGUUCCACGCGAUCUGGCGCACACGAUGAUCUUCCAGUCCAUGCAAGGGACGGCGACUAUGCUCCAGAGUGGGAUGCAUCCUGCCCUGCUGAAAGAUCAGGGGACUUCCCCGGAGGGAUGCACGAUUGGCGGGUUGAUGGUUAUGGAGGAGGCUGGUGUGCGUGGGCAUGUUGGACGGGCGCUCAGGGAGGCUGUGACUUUGGCGCGGUUGAUGGAAACGACGGAUCAUGUUAAUGAUACCAGGCAUUAA